GGACGCAAGCCCGCUUCCGCCGUCGACGUCUUCUGCUCUCGGCGGUGCCGUCGGCGCCGAGUGCCAACGCCGCCGCCGUCUCUAGCUCGGUUGGAUCGCAACACUUUUUUCACGUCCGAUCCCAUCGGUUGUCACCAUGUCGCAUGUUUAUCCGGAUUGCGUGCGGUCGUAUCCGGUUGCGUGCAGCUCGCCAUCACUCAGUUUCCGAUUUGAGCAUGUCUCGCCAUCGCGCGCAGCAGGAAGGGCAGCUCUGGACCGCGCUGCGUGCGAUCCAGGCGAUCUGCGGCUUUGCGACCUUGCUGAGCCUCUUUACGGCCUACAAGGCUAUCACGCUGAGUGGCGUCGCGGACGACGACACGUACCGCCCGGCGCAGCUGCGGCACUUUUUCCUCGCGAUGGCCGCGUACACGUCGUUCGGGUACGGCGUCUUGUACUUGAUCUGCGUCACGCUCUCGGGCCGCCUGUCGCCGGACGUGCUCUUGGAGCGACUCAUGGACGGCGUUCUCGCUGGCGUCUACUUGAUCGUUGGUAUCCUUCUUGCACCCAAGAUGAACUGCGGCCUCGGCAUGUACUGUACGUGCACAAGUGUGCAAGCCAUGAUCGUCUUUGCCUUCUUCAAUUGCGCCUUGAGCGUCAUUGCAGUCGGAAUGAGCCUCGUGCUGAAAACGCUGCCCGCGCACCCUGACAGUAUCGAGAACCUCGUGCCCCGGGGCCACUACGGCCGCGCACCGUCACCUGCCGAGGGCGAUGCACCGCGGCCCCGACACAAGAAGCCGCGCGCCUCGCCACGCGUCGACGACGACGACACGGAUAACAUUGCGCCGAGAGGCAAGUUUGGCAGCGUUCGCGGCUCGAAUCUGGCCGACCUCAUGAAGCUCCAGCGCCAAGAUGAGCCCGCGCCGGCCCCGGUUGCCACGACUGAGAAUCGUGUCAACUACUUCGUAUAACGAGAUGCCUGUUUAUUAUUCCUCGA